UAAUCUAAUUUUUGGCGUGUAUAAUUUAUGUACGACGAAAAUGAAAAGCAUUAAUGGAUAUACAUGUCAGUGGAGUUGGGUCUAACCUGAUCGCGAAAAAGGAAAAAAGUUCAGGUGAUGACUUAAGCGGAAGAGCAGACUUGGAAAUGAAGUUCCUUGGCAAGUCUUCAAGUAUCAUCUUUUGAUCAUUUUCCGGGCAAUUUAAUUAGAAUUUGCCUCUUAAUCCUUCCUUUGGUGUGAAAAUAUUUUAUCUUGGCACUCAUCACAAACCCAUAUAAAGCCAGUGAUCAAAUGAAUUGCAACGAGAGGUCUAAACUUGAGAGUCGAAUUUUGGGUACUGAAAUGGCAGAGAGUUCAACUGAGAACAGUAAGGCUGAAGGGUUGGUGUUCUUCGGGAAUGUUGUAUCUGGUUUUGGAUUACAUGAGUUGCUAAGUUCCGACGCUGAGAUUCUGGGUAAGGGAACGUUUGGAAAAAGCUACAAGGCAAAUUUGGAGGGUAGGGACGCCGUUGUGGUGAAGAGGUUGAGGGUUGUUUGUCCUGAUAGAGAAUUUGCAGAAAAGGCUGAAGAGUUAGGAAGGAUGGUUCAUGAAAAUUUGCUUCCGAUAAGGGGAUAUUGUUGGAAUCGUAAGGAGAGACUUAUUCUGUUCGAUUAUAUGCCCAUGAGAAGCUUGUCUUUUCUUUUGCACGGAGAUGGAGGUGCAGCAAAGACCCCCCUCAGCUGGGAGGUUAGGGGUAGCAUUGCUUAUGGAGUUGCCCGUGGCAUCGAAUAUCUCCAUGCCAGAGGCCCUAACGUUUGCCAUGGAAACUUAAAGUCAUCCAAUAUUUUCCUCACUGACAAUUAUGAUGUCCGUCUGUCAGAUUUUGGCAUAGCCCAACUUGUUUCACCCUACCACAAUGUCAGCCUCAUGGCUGGUUACCGUGCACCUGAGGUUACAAAUGCCCAGGAAGUUUCCCAGAAGGCCGAUGUUUACAGCUUUGGUGUCCUGCUUUUGGAACUGCUAACUGGUACGCCUCCAAUAGAUUCCCUUUCCAGAAAUACCGGUGUUGAUCUGCCCAACUUUGUUCGGUCCAUGUUUCAACAAAAGCCAAUCAUUGAUUUGUUUGAUUAUAAACUACUGAGGAACGAGAAUAUUGGGGAACAAAUGGUUCAAAUGUUACAACUUGCAAUUUGUUGUACUUUUCAGUACACUCAUAAACGACCCUCUAUUGCUGCGGUGACAAAUCGCAUUAAAGAGAUAUUUAGGUUCAUUCCAUGAAAAACAAUAGGCUGUAGCCUAAUAAGAUUUGGGAUUGAUGGUUGUCGUUGCAGGGUCCAUAACCUAAACCGUCAAAAACUCAUAUUUGGAAAUUUUCAUAAAUUACUUGGGAAAGUUACCGGAAAGUUGUUAUUCUUAGAGUGGAAGACUUAUCAUUGUUAAAAAAAUAUCUCC